AUGUUCACUCAAAACCCGGUCCAAGACCAACCCCCGGUUCUUCAAGACCAAAUCCUCACUCCUAAUGAAAUCUUUCCCCUACUUCAAUCAUUACCGUCUAUAAAAUCGACAUCAAGCUCGGAUACCAACCGAUCGGUUUACUCCACCGAAGAACGAAGGCAAAGGCGAAUGGUCUCAAACCGAGAAUCAGCCCGUCGGUCGCGCUUAAGGAAAAAGAGGCAUCGAGAAGACCUCACGAGCGAAGUAAACCUGCUUAAAGUCGAGAAUGAAGAACUUAAAAGUUGUUUAUGCGUGGUAGCCCGCGAUUGUCACUUGAUCCAAAUGGAUUGGAAUCGGCUAUUGUCACAAUCGAAUUUUCUUCAUAACAAACUCACCGGUUUACUCCAAAUCUUGGCCCCCAUCACCAUGCAGCUGCAAUAG